CUCCACAUUAACCAUGCUUCAUGGUCGUCUCAAGAUCUUCAGUCGCCUGGGAGGGCCACUAAUGUUGAUCCUACUUGAUUACUUAUCUGAUACGAAUCAUUGCCCACUUGUAGCAAUAACUCGCCCCAUUUCAUGGCGAGCGCUCUCAUGGUUGUUUCAGACUUUUCGGCCCUGAAUAUAUCCAGGGUUGCACAUGGGAGACUAGUAACUCGAGAUUACGACAAUGAGACAACGGGCGUUUUGAUAAUGGAGAAACGAGGUCUACUAGAGGUGGUCAAGACGAGUGGGCAGAGUUCCUUCUGGACACGGUCUGCUGAGUCAAUGUCAUGGUAGUUCUGUCGAUGUAUUCGAUCCCUAUCUGACUAGCAUUGAGAUCUUGG